AAUCAGUCCUACACUCCUCACACCCCAUCUGGNGACAUCCUUGCCCUUCCANCGCUCCGUUCUUACUCAACGGCUCAGUCUUUGGCCCGUCUGCUCGUAGCAUCUCGCAACAGCAAUUAUAGACAGGACUGCAGCUGCAUGAUAGAGUAACAACAGCAAGAGGAGCAGCCGACCUAUCAGCCUUGACCGUCGCCAGCAAGUAGCAGAGAGAGAGGGAGCGGCAUACGAGUAGCUCGUACCACACAUCGCACAGGGUAGGAAGCCUGCAGUCAGUUCAUGACCAAUACUGGUCCUCCUUGUCUUGUUGAGAGGAUGUCAGAGUCACGCACGAGGCAGCCGCCUGAGGCAGACAGUGACGCGUCCAUAACACCGCAAGUCCAGGUGCAUGUGGAGCAGCAGGAGCAAGAAGCAAGCAAGGGAGUUCGCAUCGGCAAAGUCACAUCGACAGACGAGCGCGAGAUCAAGCCAAUCAAAGCGAGCAGGAGCGCAGAUGUACCGCAAGACCAGGACAUCCGAGACGUAGCGAUCAGAGCUAUACUCGGCUCCCACAAGGCACGACCGCCCAGUGCAAGUGCCAGCCGCAGCAACGAGCAUGUUACGCCCAGCUCGCCCGCAAAAGAUCGUCAGACAAAGCGGAUUCGUACCGCUCAGACAGCCCUCCGUCCAACGACUGCAUCAAUUCGCACCACCGCUCAGUCGACGAGCUCGAUCAGAGGCCCGAUCUCCAACCCACGUAUACUAUCGUCGCGGCGUUCAUCCUCCCCACCCGGAUCGUCUUCAGUUCCGACCUUCAACCGCGAGUACACACACGCCAAUCCUGACAGAGCUCAAUUCCUGCCUUCCGUCAACCUUAGAUUCGAGAUGCUCGCUGAUCUCGUUCGUCGCCACGGCAGCAAAUUUGAGAACAUCGCUCGCGACGUACCCGAGCCUCACACCACAGUCGCACCCGGCCGUCCACGAAUCGGAAUGACGUCAAUUAUCGAGCACGAGCAUGCUGCCGCUAUUGAGUAUGAUCGUCGCUGUUUCGCACAUCAGCAGCGCGGCACAACCCUAGUAAGUACCGAUGCAACGGUCGUGAAGGCCGGCGCAAACGCGGGCAAAGCUGCCGUCGCUGUGAUCGCCCGCGAGUUAACACUCGGUGGAAAGGAGUUCUGGUACAUCUUCAGCAAGCGGACCCCAGAUACAAUCUGCUCCAAUGUUGCUGAGUGUGAAGCGAUUACAUAUCGUUUCGAGCUCUUCAACAGCGGCAAGAUUGCCUGGCCUGCAAUCAAGCGAGUGCUCUUCAGCGAUUCCCAACGCGCGGUGCGUCAGCUCGGUAAGUGCAGCCUUGGAGUCGAGCCCAAGCACAAGCACGUCGCAAUCGUCACGCCUUGGGUAAGGGUCACGUUGGCGUCUUCAUGAACGAAUUUGCGGACAAGUUCUGCAACGGUGCCCGCAAGUACCGCGAGGUCGCCGAGAGCAAGAUCUCUCCGUCAGAAGCAAACUAUUACGCUUCCUCAGCCUUCCAGUUCUGAGUAUCACGCGUAUGGUCGCACUGCCAGUACGUCGACAGCUUGUCUCAUUUCACGCACACACGGCAGUCGUCGCAUCAGCACGUUCACGUCGUCAGCACGUUCACGACACGCAUAAGCGCAUCUCAACGCUUACUGAUUUCUUGUUGUUGCUACACUUGCAUCUCACUGUC